AUGAGCAAUGCGCAAGUUAAUAAUAGUGAUGUCAAAAAUCUAAGGGUUCCCUAUGAGGAGCAAAACAAGAAAAUGAACUCUGAUACACGGAGGCGCGAGCCUCUCGACGAUCAACCCGGAUGCUGUGACGCGUUUCUCGGUCUCCUCCGAGCAUGCGGUCUCAUGUGCUACGUGGCAUGUCCACCUGUCCCAUCGGUGAUCACCCGGAAAUUGGCAUUCCAUCCACCAGAAAAAGGAAUGACAUAUCGGAUAGCAGUCAAAUCGGAUCCAGAGAAACGUUUCAAAAACAUUCGUGGGUGUCGAGAUGAGCCGAUGCAGUUGGUGGUUAGGAAUAUGUCCAAUGGAGCAGAUUAUGUUCAUUCGGAACGAGAAGUCGAGGUGUUCUCGGUGACAACUGCCAACAACAAUGAAUUAGUUUGUAUCAAGUGUACUCCGGAUACCUAUUCAGCUAAUCCAGCUGUCGCCGAACAGGUAGUCCUUUUCUGCCAACCCAACUCAUCGGAUCUCGGCGGAUUCCUUCAACCAAACUCGAUGAAUUUCGUCACCUAUGCCAACGUUUUCGAGACGGAUUUUUACGCAUUUGACUAUUCUGGAUAUGGAUUCUCAUCUGGAACACAAGGAGAGAAAAACGUUUACGCAGAUAUCAGAGCCGUUUAUGAUAAGAUUCGAGAGACUAGACCGGAUAAGAAGAUUGUUGUCAUGGGGUACAGUAUUGGGACGACAGCAGCCGUCGAUUUGGCAUCAAGUAACCCUGAAGGGCUGGCCGGAGUUGUUCUGAUUGCUCCGUUUACUAGUGGAUUAAGACUGUUUUCAAGGAAACCUGACAAACCAGACACUUGCUGGGCAGACUCUUUUACUAGGUAUUAA